AUGAAUCACGUCGAAAACUACCGUGGAAUAUCGAUACUUUGCUGUCUGGGCAAACUUUUCGAAACAGUCGUCCAUCUUUUUCUGAAUAAUGCUGCUAAGCCGUUAAUUAGCGAGUUUCAGCAUGGUUUCGUCGAGCGUCCUUCAACGACGACCAAUCUGAUGGAAUAUAGUAACACAUUGUUUCCUGCAGUAGAAUCCCGUUGCCAAGUAGAUUCGAUCUACGUGGACUUCUCACAGGCUUCCGACGUGGUUCCACACAUCCUCGUUGUCGACAAACUUUCAGAUUUAGGCUUCCCAAGUUGGAUAGUUGAUUGGCUGAAGUCAUAUCUUACCGGGCGGAUAGGUUUCGUGCAAGUUGAUCACGAAGUCUCGGCAUCGUUUGAUUGUGGAUUGUGA